UGUCGCCAGUGUGGUCAGGAAGGUUUAAAUAUUAAGUGGCUAUCAUGGUGUUGGGUUAUAACAAAAAUCGAAUAUGGAAAUCGUUAUAUAGCUUUCAUUGCUUUGUGGUCCUUGUUAAUGCCAUGGUUCCAGGAGCCAAUGAGAAAACAUGGACAUACGAAAUAAAAUCUUUGGAAUCCGAAUCCGCUGACGCUGACUUACUCAGCCUAAAUUUGAGUGUGGAAAGAGUUUCUCGUGGAGUCUAUGCCAUAUCUGGCACCUUUACCCUGGAUUUCGAUGUGGACGAGACUGUGGAUUGUGAUAUUGAGGCUAGUGCCGCUCGCAGUGACAAUGGAGUCAACGAAUACAAGGUGCUACCAUUUAGGAUGCCGCGACAGCACUUAAUUUCAACCCUCAAUGGAUUUUACAAGGAUAUGCUGAUGGACACACUUAGUGAAUGUUCUGAUAUGCCGGUAUUUGAGGAUAAAUUUGAUCCACCCUUGGCCAAGGGGGUGUACACACUAAACAAAUGUCAAUUUAGUCAGGAUGGUUUCCCUAAUCACUUGGCUGAAGGUUUUUAUAAAGUAUUAAUUUCCGGUCAUGGUAGGGUCGAAUGGUCUCUAACUGUUGUGGCGCAGGUCGAAUCAAAUAACUAAAUGUUUUUGCUUGAUUCCCUGAAGAAGUUGUCGUUAGAAAAAAUUACAAUUAUAAAGUAAAAAUAUAAGUUGGAAAGUUUUUAGUAUACCAC